AUGUCUUCGUGCAAAGCUAUUGGAAUCGACCUCGGUACGACAUAUUCAUGUGUUGGAGUCUACCAGAAUGGAAAGGUUGAAAUUCUUGCCAACUCAGAAGGAAACAAAACAACGCCUUCAUAUGUUGCAUUCACUGAUACAGAACGAUUGGUUGGAGAUGCGGCAAAAGAUCAAGCAGCUCGUAAUCCAGAGAAUACAAAAAUGAAGGAAACUGCAGAGACAUACCUGGGACAUGCAGUCAAGGAUGCAGUGAUUACUGUACCUGCAUACUUCAACGACAGUCAGAGACAAGCAACCAAAGAUGCAGCUACCAUUGCUGGACUCAAUGCCAUCCGAAUCAUCAAUGAACCGACUGCAGCUGCUCUUGCUUAUGGAUUGGAUAAAGGAAUCAGUGAAGAGAAGAAUGUACUGAUCUUUGAUCUUGGAGGAGGUACUUUUGAUGUUUCAAUCCUUUCAAUUGCUGAAGGAUCAAUAUUCGAAGUCAAGUCCACAGCUGGAGAUACUCAUCUUGGAGGAGAGGAUUUCGAUCAAAGAAUGCUUCAACACUUUAUGAAUGAAUUCAAACGAAAGACCGGGAAGGAUAUCUCACCGAAUCCACGUGCCAUCCGACGUCUCCGAACCGCCUGUGAACGUGCCAAGAGAACACUUUCUAGCUCAUCGGAAGCCACUGUUGAAGUGGAUUCUCUAUUCGAAGGAAUCGAUUUGUGCUCAAAGAUCACUCGUGCUCGAUUCGAGGAACUCUGUGCUGAUCUUUUCCGAAAAACUCUUGAACCAGUUGAGAAGGCUCUUCGAGAUGCAAAGCUCGACAAAUCCAACAUUGAUGAAGUCGUUUUGGUUGGAGGAUCUACUCGUGUUCCAAAGAUUCAGAAGAUGCUCCAGGACUUUUUCAACGGAAAGGAACUGAAUUGCUCAAUCAAUCCAGAUGAAGCUGUUGCAUUCGGAGCUGCAGUUCAAGCAGCUGUACUUUCUGGAGUCAAGGAUCAAACAAUCAAAGAUGUAUUGCUGGUUGACGUUGCUCCACUGAGUCUUGGAAUCGAGACAGCUGGUGGUGUGAUGACCAAUCUCAUUGAUCGAAACACCAGAAUUCCAACAAAGGCAUCAAAAACAUUCACUACAUACGCCGAUAAUCAACCAGGAGUCUCAAUUCAAGUAUACGAAGGAGAACGAGCCAUGACUCGGGAUAACCAUCGUCUUGGAACAUUCGAAUUGAGUGGAAUUCCACCAGCUCCACGAGGUGUUCCUCAGAUUGAAGUCACUUUUGAUAUCGAUGCAAAUGGAAUUCUGAAUGUGUCAGCUGAGGAUAAAUCGACUGGAAAAACGAAUCGGAUCACAAUUCGAAAUGAGAAAGGACGAUUGUCUCAAUCAGACAUUGAUCGAAUGGUUAACGAGGCAAAACAAUUCGAAAAGGAAGAUGGAGAACAACGAGAACGUGUGUUGGCUCGUAAUCAGUUGGAGGCAUAUGCAUUCCAAGUCAAACAAGCUCUUGAUGAAUACGGAUCAAAAUUGCCAUCUGAAGAUUCGAAUCGUGCGAAAGAAGCUGUUGAAGAGACUCUCCGUUGGUUGGAUUCAAAUCAAUUGGCUGAAAAGGAUGAGAUUGAGGCAAAGGAUAAGGAAUUGAAGUGUGUCUGUCAAUCAAUUCUCUCCAAAAUGCAUCAAUCUGGACAGCAACAACCUUCUUCUGGAUGUGGAAAUCCUGGAUUUUCUGGAUUCAAUUCAAACAACUAUCCACAGGGACCAACUGUUGAAGAGGUCGAUUAA